AUGCGGCAGGAGAGCCGCUGGAUCAAUGCGAUCCCUGCGAAGAUGUUCAACGGUAACUGCUUGGUAGAGAUCCUAACCGUCCAACAUAUAUGUACCGGUACGCUCAUCGGAUGUACCUACAUGUAUCUCAACAAGAAGUGCUUCAACUUGCCGUUUUCCCCCUAG